GUUAGGGUGACCUUUCCGGGAUCCAUCAGGUAACCCUCCAAUUGAGUGUUACCCCAUUCGCUCGCGUGUCCCUUGUCCCGUUCCGGGCAAGUCCCUAAUUCCCAGCUUUCCUUAAAGUUUUCGUUUCGCAUCCGAUCGCACCAUUGACCUCAUCAGCAUCUGCCCACUGUACCGUAAAUCUGGGGAAUCUAGACCAGCUAGCUGGCCCCCUUGUAUGACAUAAAGAUGGAGAAUACUAGGUCUCUUAGCAGUUUGGUUGGAUCGUUUUGGUGCUAACCCUUACGUUAAUGGGUUCGUAGAUGGUAGGCAGGUGUGUAGCGGUCAACGACAGGAAGCUUUAGGGUACCAUGGGUACCUGGUCCGGACCAAACAUAAAAUCUACCUUCAUGUCCGGUCUGUUUUCGAACCUCUCUUUUUUUUUCUUUUCUUUAAAUUGGUGCUGUCACGUUCCAAAUUCUACCCUCCAAGUCUCGAUAACUACUUCUUACUGAUAAAGAAACCUCAUCUCGAAUAUAAGACUCGUGAUAUUCUAGAGGGUUAGCGAGAGAAAGAGCAAAACCCAUCUUAUAGCAACUCUAAACCAGCCGUCUAAGGUUGAACGCGAAACCCAAACAAACAGCAAUCAUGGACCACAGCCGAGCAUCCAGAAUGACUACCAGUGGACGUCUGAGCGUAACCCGCCACCCAGCCAUAGCUCUCGCAGCCGUCGCCGCCACGGGUAUCUUCGCCGCUGUACGGUACCAGCGAUCCGCCCUAACCCGCAACGAGCGUGCCCAAAAGCAUUCACCCGAGAACCCCAACUUCUACGUCAGUGUCGACCGAAGCGGUGGCGGUAUCUAAUCGAUCUAAAAUAUCGUACCAACAGCAAUAUUAAAACAAAUACAAAAUUGGCCAAGUGAAGGGUAUACCCAAGAAAGAGACUAGCAGAGACAAGGCCAAGUUAGACGCAAAGUCUACUUAGGUUAUGUGAGACGUACAAAAUUCAAUUUUGGGAGUCUUUAGAACGCUAGGUUCAGCGGGUUACUUGCUUUUUAAUGAGUCUUAUCCACGCUUUACGACAAUGGAUGGCGGAUGCUGGGUAACGGCUUCAAAAUUGGACGUAUAUUACGUAUAGGGUGAAUAACGGUCGGCGUUUUACUUGUUUUUAGAUACACCACUGUGAUAUGGUACGCAGCAGGUAGAAGAGACAGCAAGACCUAGACAUGGGAUACAAAGAAGCAAAACGAUAUAUCUUUAACUCAGUGUUUUA